AUGGCUCCACCACAUGAAAGUGCCUUAGCCAUUUCCUUUCCUCGGCUAAGGCCCUUGAGCUUACCCAUAAUCUCAUUUUCAUUGAGAGAUCAUUCAGGAUCAGGGGAGGAGGAAAGCCACAAAGCUUUGGAAACAGUCCUCAAGCUUUACACUGCAAUAAGGAAGCGAAAUAUCAUCGAUAUAUCUGACAUAAUCGCAAAAGAAUGCCGUUGUAUAUCAAAUCUUAUCUCUAGUCCACAAAAGUUCAAUGGAAAACAGCAAGUGUUGAAUUUCUUCAACAGUCUAAUGAUGAGUUUAGGCAACAGUAACAUAGAGUUUGUGGUGCAACCCACAAUUCAGGAUGGAUUGACUAUUGGUGUUUCUUGGAAAUUAGAAUGUAAGAACACUCAUAUACCUGUUGGAGAGGGCUUUAGCUUCCACAUAUGCCAUGUUUAUCAAGGAAAAGUGGUCAUUAGAAAUGUCGAGAUGUUCUUUAGGGAACCAAUUGAACCCUUGCAGAUGGUGAGAAAUGUGUAAGGAAUAUGCCAUAAUUUUCUUUUGUUGCUUCAACUUGGG